UCAAGCAAUUGCAUUUGGAUAUGCUAAUAUGCACGCUUUUCGUCAUGCAGCAGGUCAUGCUUCCAAAUAAAAAAAGAUUACAACAGACGGGUUUCAGGAUCAGCCACCCUUGCUGUCAUAGAGUCUCAUGCGCUGCACUUAUGAUGGAGAGAUUGAUGUGUGUGCCAUCAUGUCGCCCGUCCUUGUACGUAAGCGGAGAGCAAAAUCAGCGUCCCUGACUCUUUCGUGGCACGUGCACGCGUGAGGGCGGCCUCGCAAAAGAGAGAAACAAGCGUCGCAUGUGAAUUAACACCCAGCUCACAUAUCAUACCUCUCUCCACAGCCUCGUGCUUGACAAGCCUGUUGUCAUGGAGACUGGGUUGAAGGGGCAUAAGAGAGUGAACACUCACUCGUGUGCCAGGCUGAAUGAUCAGUUUUUAGCAUUUUGUUGACAAAGAUGAGACGGGAUGUCACUCACGGUGUGAUAUGCCGGACAUAAAAGAAUCAUUUUCUCACCAUGUGUGUCAUCUGCCUGCCAGUGGUAACAGGAAACCGGACGACAAUAAAAGAUGUGUCGCUAGUCCGGCCAUACGACCUCCAAGCUGGACCAAGGGGCAAACAUUGGCUCAUAUUGUUUGUGCGAACUGGUGUCAUUAACAAGUGACGCCGUUUCCUCUUUAUCGCCUCGACCGCCGCCAGACAACGCUCAAAUUAUCUCCAUCGCUUUCCUCCAUUGUGAGCAAUCUUCUGCACCCAAAGAACUGAUAAAACAGAUGACGAGCUGGAGAUGACGACCGUGUGUCACAGGCCAGAGGCUCUCGAACAGCUGGAAUCCCAAACUAACUUCUGCAAGCAGGAGCUCCAGAUCCUCUAUCGUGGUUUCAAGAAUGAAUGUCCCAGUGGAGUCGUAAACGAGGAGACGUUUAAGCACAUUUACGCACAGUUCUUUCCCCACGGAGACGCGAGCAUGUACGCACAUUAUCUUUUUAACGCCUUUGACACCGCUAACAACGGCUCCAUUAAGUUUAAGGACUUUGUGAUGGGCUUGUCUAUCCUGCUGAGGGGAACCUUGAGGGAAAAACUCGAGUGGACUUUUCACCUUUAUGACAUCAACAGAGACGGCUACAUAAACAGGGAGGAAAUGACGGAGAUUGUGAAGGCCAUUUAUGACAUGAUGGGCAAGUACACUCACCCUGCGCUGAAGGGAGACGUGCCAAAGCAACACGUGGACGCUUUUUUUCAGAAAAUGGACAAAAACAAAGAUGGAGUGGUAACUUUAGAGGAAUUUGUUAUCGCCUGCCAGGAGGACGAAAUCAUGAUGAGAUCCAUGCAGCUCUUUGAGAAUGUGAUGUAGGAAAGGAGACGAUGACGGGGACAUAUUCCAAAUCCGAGGGCUAGGCGCAAGCUUACGAGCGGAUGCGGCACACCACGUGCGGUGGAUCCAAUCUGUCCUCUUGCUCUUGUUUCCAGCUGUGAACUGAAAAGCCCCCAAAAGACUUUUACAAGACUGGACUGGAGUUUUGGGUGUCCUGAAAUUACCCCGAGAAAAACUCGGGAGUCAAACGCCAGAUGGGCCAGUCAAAGUUACUGACAAGAGUACCGUAGUUACUCAUCUAUAUUCAUUAUCAUUUUGCCCGAAGAUACUCUUGAAGUGUUUGCUCCUCCGAAAGAUUUAGAUUUAUCUAUAAAUAUUUGCCAGAUUUGUGAGAUGUUUUAUCGUCCCGUGUUUUUGUGUGUUUGGCUUUCAUGCGAUUGGAAAAUCGCUCUGUUGCUGUUUGUAAAUCAGUGUGAAGCUUGUGGCUUGGAAUAGUGUGUGCCGGUCCUAAUGUCAAUUUAGGAAUUAUAUAUUUUUUUCUUUUCCAGCUUUGUUUUACGUGCGUUUGUGUGUCUUUAAAGUGUUAGACAAGUAUUGUGAAACAUACCAACCCUGUACAGUAUGUGUGUAAUUAAGAUUUAAGAUGCAGUAUGAAGAAAAUGGUUUCGUCAUAUCAGUGAUAUCUUUAGUUAAGCAAAUAUCUGAUGACAACAUUAUGGCUGUAAUGUUUCCUAUAUGUCCAGCCAGCAUAGUUCGUAAAUCAUUCAACGGUUGAGGCUUGAGCUAUAUAGAAUUGAAUAGCCAAAAUUUUAAUAUCGGCGCUGCCUCCUCCUUCGAAAGCGCAUCUGUGAUGUAACGCUAAAGCAAACGUAUGAGGAGGUAUGGCGGCCUUCUCGGCUUGCCUGCAAUUUCAAAAGUGCCGCUGUCGUCAGAAAUCCAUCGGCACUAAAAUAUUAAUCGUGCUUGUUUUUGCAGGCAACGCAGCUUUCUGCUACUCGAUAUAUACGUUGCGUAUAUGUAGGCCGACGCCGCCUCGGGUCUUGUGUUGAAAUGGAUUUCUCUCAGCGUCGCAAGUAGAACUUUCAACUAAU